AUGUCGGAACGAAACCAUCAUCUCCGACGCCCUCUCUCUCCUCGCUCCAUCGACGACCGCCGCCUACGGGAUCGCCUCCCCGUAUCCGUGGCCUCCUCCGACCGCAGGCACGCUCACGCUUCAAUCAUCCUCGAGGACCGCAUUGCAAUUCAGCACCACGAAAUUCAAUCCCUACUCAUCGAGAAGGACCGCCUCGCCGCCACUCACGUCGCGCUGAAGCAGGAGCUCGCUCUCGCGCAGCAGGACCUCCGCCACUUGGCGGCGGCCGCGGUGGAGGUCAAGGCGGAGCGGGAUGGCCAGGUGAGGCAAGUUCUGGAGCGAUCGCUGAAACUCGACGCCGAGCUGCGGGCGACCGAUGCGAUGACCGCCGAGCUCGUUCAGGUGAGAGGCGACGUGCAUACACUUGCUACGCAGCGCGAGGAGCUCGUUCGUGAACUGGAGGCGAUCAACAGAGAUUUGAUGAAGGCUAGGGAAGAUGCCGAUUUUGCUCCCGGGAUUAGGUCUGAGAUUCAGAAAUUGCGGCAGGAGAUUCAGAAAGGAAGGGCUGCAAUUGAUUAUGAGAAGAAGACACGUUCCAGCAACCUUGAGCAUGGUAAGGCAAUGGAUAGAAAUAGGGUUCUGCUUGCUGAAGAAAUAGACAGACUCUGUGCUGAGCUAGUGAAAGCAGAGAAAAGGGCAAGAGCAGCAGCAGCAAAUGCAACAGCAAACCUAGAUCCUGCUUAUGGAAGCUAUGCCAAUCAUGGGAUAGAGUAUGGAGUUGGUCCUUAUCAUGACCAAUACGGCAAACCUCAGGUUCGAGGUGUUCCCGAUGGCACACCUCCUCUGCAUGCUUCCGGAUCAACAUCGAACGGUGCUUGCGAUAUGGUGCGGCAACAGCCAACGAACAGAUAG